AUGACCGACAUAGCAUCGGCGAUGGACAUUGACGUAGACGAGAAUCAACCUCGCAAGCCGAGUAACAAGGGCAAAGACGUCGUCGGUUUUGGUGGUCCGCCGCAGAGCAAGGCGACGCCUUGGGUCGAGAAGUACCGACCUCAAUCGCUCGAUGACGUUGCAGCACAUCGUGACAUUGUUGAUACAAUUGAUAGGCUGACCAAUGAGAACAAAUUGCCGCAUCUUCUGUUGUAUGGUCCUCCCGGCACAGGCAAAACAUCGACCAUUCUAGCCGUCGCCCGGAAACUGUAUGGGCCCAAGUACCGUAACAUGAUUCUUGAACUCAACGCGUCGGAUGAUAGAGGCAUUGAUGUUGUAAGGCAGCAGAUUCAAGAUUUCGCCAGCACGCAGAGCUUCUCAUUAGGAAAAUCUUCGGUAAAGUUGGUUCUGCUAGAUGAAGCAGAUGCCAUGACAAAAGAUGCUCAGUUUGCCCUGCGUAGAGUGAUUGAGAAAUACACGAAGAGUACUAGGUUUGCGCUCAUCGGAAACCAUGUCAAUAAGAUCAUCCCAGCUUUACAGUCCAGGUGUACUCGGUUUAGAUUUGCCCCUCUUGAUCGUGUCCAUGUGAGUCAACGUCUUAAGCAUGUCAUAGAAGCUGAAGGGCUUGAUGUAAGUGAGAGUGGUUUGGCGGCUCUUGUACGGCUGAGCAAUGGGGACAUGAGAAAAGCAUUGAACAUUUUGCAGUCAACGCAUAUGGCGUCAGAGAAAAUAACAGAGGAAGAGGUUUACCUCUGCACUGGAAACCCACUUCCCAAGGACAUUGAGCAGAUAUCUCACUGGCUUCUGAAUAAACCUUUUGCUGAGAGCUACAAAAAUAUAUUAGAGAUGAAGACGAGAAAAGGACUUGCCAUUGUUGAUAUAGUGAGAGAGGUUACCAUGUUCGUUUUCAAGAUCGAGAUGCCUUCACAUGUCAGAGUUCAACUGAUAAACGAUUUGGCAGACAUGGAGCUGAGUUUUGGAUGCAACGACAAACUGCAGCUUGGAGCUAUCAUUUCUACUUUCACACACGCCCGGUCUGCCUUGGUUGCUGCAGCAAAGUAA